AUGUCACUGGUGAAUUCAGAUUUAGACAUGGAUAAUCCUCGUAAGAUGGUCAAAUUAUGGGCGGAAAAAGAAAUGAGAAAUUUGAAAAGAUUAUGGCAAUUAGGAAUACCUUAUAAAAAUGAAUGGGCGUAUCCCAGAUUAAAGGAUGCAAUUAUUAGUUCUUAUAAAUACCCAGAAUUAUAUUAUCAGCUUGUCAAGAAUAUGCGAACAAUGUAUCAUAAAUGUCGUCUUCAUGACCAUCCUCAUGCACUUGAAUUUUUGAGAAAGGAUUGUACAAAUGUUAUAGAAUAUUUUAAGAAAAAAGGAGUGAGAGUGAUAAGUAUCAAGGAAUUAUUUGAUUUUAUUACCGAUAUUAACAUUAGUAUGGAAGAAGAAGAAUUAGAGAAGCAACAAGAACAACUACAAAGAGAUAUUGUUGAUGAGGAAGUUUUUAAGCGAUCUUUUAUUCCAAGAAAGUUAGAUGAUGUUAUAGAUGUUGAAAGAAAUGUAAUGAAAGCAGCUCAAGAUGGAGGCGAAAAUGUCAGCGAUACAUUUUACUCAUUGGACUAUAUCAGGAUAGAAAGUGAAAAUCAAACUACCAUAGUUUCAAAAGAGAUUACGCGAGAAAUGAAUGAUCAGAAAGAAUCAGAGAAUGAAGAUCAGGAUGAUUUAGAGGAUAGUGAAUCUAGUGACGACAGUGAGCAAUAUUCAAAUGAUGAAGAUGAUAAAGAAUUGAUACUUAAGAAGCAACCUAGGGGAAAAAGAAAAUGA